AGCAUUUGGCUGGGACGGUGUGGGGGGAAGCACCGCCGGGGUCGUGAGGAUCGAGGCAUGCCGCGAUGGCUGAAAGCGCGGCUCUCACGGCAGCAGAUCAAGGAGAUGCAGGAGAAGCGCGCAGAGGAAGUGAGGAGACGAGUGGAGUCCACCGGCAACUUCAGCUUCGAGGACGAGACUUUUAGGAAGUUCCCGCAAGCCAGCGAUGCGCAGAAGGAGGACUUCCCUCAUGCGCUGGCAUCGUUUUACUCCUGGCAGAUGGCCGACAAAACGCACAAGUCGGCUGUGAGCUACAUGAAGCAGGUGAAAAUGCUCAUGGAGCGUUUCCAGUUUCGGCUGGAUGUGAUGGCCACAGAGGAGUUCCAUGCUGCCGUCCGCAAGACCCAGGAGAAUCAGAAGUGCAACAAUCUGAUCGCUGCUGCACUGAAGAAGUACCAGGCCUUCAUGCAGGAGCGGAAGACAGAUGCUUGGGAGGCGAAGGCAACUUCCUGCGAUGAACGCUUCAGGCUGAACUUCAAGAACUCCGGCCGGAGGGAAGCAGCCCCAUCUGGCCGCAGCCUGCUGACAGCCCAUUUCGGGCCGACGAAGCGUGCCAGAGAGGAGCCCGAGAAGCCGAUUCCGGCGGCGGCGGUUCCGCCGGAGGCGGAAGAUGCUUCGAAGACGAAGAAGCGAAAGGCACGGGCCAAAGUGAAGCCUGCGAAGGCCUGCGCGCAGAUCUCACCCAGCAAGCCGCUCACCGGUCACGCCGGAGGCUUCUUCCAGAUCUCCCGGUCCACUGACAGCCCGCCGCCAAAGACUACGGAGCCAGCUGAGGUCACGCCGGAGAAAACUGCGAUGGAGCAAAGCGACAAAGAAGCCACGCCCGAGCAGCAGAAGGAGCUGGCUGGACUGCGGCAAAGCAUCCAGCAAGCCGUGAAGCUAAAGCUCUAUGGCAAGGCGAAGCUCCUGCACCACCGCCUUCUGGCGCGCUGCCGCGAGAUCGGCUGCGCCGUGCCCAGGGCGUCGCAGCCUGCUGCGGGCAGGAAGGGAAACCGCAAGGAGAAGCCAGGAAAGACGCCCAAGGACGAGGACGCUGGCAAUGAACCUGAAGGUGAGCCAAUGGACCGCAUCUCCUUUGCCCGAGGCAUCUUGCAGGAGAAGUUUCCAUUGCAGUUUCCCCAGGAUGCUGCAGAGGAUGACUCAGAGAUCAUUCCCAACGAGCGCUGGGACGUGGUGGCCUCGAGUCGGAAGAGAAAGGAAGAGGCCGAGGAUGAGCAUGAGGAAGAGGAUGGUCAGACGGAGGCGCAGGAGCUGAAGAAGGCAUUGUCCAGCAUUCCAGACGCCUCCUAUGAAGACAUCGACCGCUUUCCUGCGGUGGCUGCCACCUUCAAGCAAUGGCUGCAGAAGCAAAAGCGCCUCCAGGACGAUGCAGAGAACGCAGUGAAGGUGCUGUACGACCUCUUCCUUCAAGACGAGAAAUCCCUUGACGCCAUGGCCAAGGCGCCAUACCUCAAGGCCGUGGCCAAAGAGCCUUCACAUGAGUCCAGCAUCAAGCUCUUUGCGUCCUUCUGGACCAAGCACAAAGGCCCUUGGAGCUUAGUGGAGCGCAUCGAGCGGAAGGCGGAGGUGCGUAUGCGCAUCAGACACGCGAUUCCCGAAUCCUGGGCCUUGCGUAUCGUGCAGCGGGCGCACAAGGAGGACCUGGUCAUCCUCACCUCGCCGCAGGGCGGCAAACACUUCGAGGAGGCGUCCAAGUUCGCAGAGCUUCCGGCGCUGCAGAGCGAGGACUUUGCGCGUGAGAGACAGCGCCAAGCUGAAAUGGACAAGACGGAAAGAGAGAGGCUUGAAUUGGACCGUCUGGCCAAGGCGAAGGCCGAAAAAGGAGACAGGGAGAAAGCCAGGAUCACCAAGGCCUCGGCGGAAGUGGUGCAAGUCGUGAAGGACAUGAUGACUGGCACGGAGGAUGCCCGGGAUGCGGCGCUGCGUGCGGUGCUGCGGCAGCACUUUGGGUGUCGAAGCUGCGGGCGCCUGCGCUCCAGGGCCAUCGAGUCAGCACGGGAAGCAGAUGGAUGGUCUACGUACGAUGACGUGCCAAACGCCACAGAGGAGGAUAUCGAGCAAUAUCCCAGGGUGCUGGUCACCUAUUACCAGCAGGGCUAUCCGUACAUGACGGGUGUGCGCCGCCUCAUGGAGCUCUACAAGAAGAAGGCGUGGCACAUGGCCAGCGCGGAGUUCCAGCGCCUGGUGCGCAUGGACCCGGAGAAUGCGAGGUGCAACGGCUUUCUAAACUCCGCCAUUCUCUACCUGAGGAAGUUUCGAGAGAACGGCGGCUUCGACCAGCUCUUGGACACCUCCGAUAUGGAUCCGGUGAAGCUCCAGAGCAUCUUCACCCCCGACUUCGAGCGGGAGAGCUGCAAGGUGCAGGAGAACUUUGACGAUCUCCAGGUGGAGGUCCCGCUGGAGCUGGUGAUGGCCGAUGCCACAUCCAAGUGGCGAUCAGAAUUGCAGGAGAAACUCGAUGAUGAUGGCUACCUGCUUGAGGAUGUGGAUGCGCGAGGGCAGCGGCCUGUAGCACUGAGCGUCGCGCUGUUGCCCAACGCCACGGACCAGGAGUGGGGCUUAUGGCCCCGGAUCCUCGCCAAGUACGAGAGCUACUGCAAGCAGGAGUCCGAAGAGGAGAAGCCGAUCCGGCGAGAAGCUGAAGCCAACGACCUCUUCCUGGCGAUGAAGGAGCUCGUGGAGCAUCAUGGCAAGAGCCCGGAUGCCAUGGCCUCCCGGAAAUACUUGAAGAUCGUGAGGGCAACCUAUAGUGGAAGCUGUGCGAACAAGGACCGCGCGGCGGCCUUGGCCAAGUUCGGGGACUUUUGGGCGGCGCACAAAGACACCGAGUUUCCGGAGCCGAAGGUGCACACCAUGGCAGCUCUGAAGUACAAGCUCAUCGAUCGCCAGCUCUUGGAGAAGGCCAAGAAGUUGGCCUCGGACUGGCAGUUGCCGGAGGGCUGGGCCGUGAAGUUGGGCAAGGACGGACGCCUCAUGAAGGUGACGGGGCCCGGCAAGAUGGAGAUUUACCACAGCAAGGAAGCUGCCCUGCAGGCUGUAGAGGCCAAGGCCAAGCGGCAAGCGGAGGAGGCCAAAGCCGCGCAUCAGCAGAUGAUCUCGGCCAAGGAGACAAACCUCCAGAAGCAACUGGCCAAGGCUGUGCAAGAGGAGAACUACGAGCUGGCGGAAGAGCUACAGAAGAAAGCCGCUGGCAGCGCUGAGCUGCAGCCGAGUCGCCCCGGCGCGAUGCAGAUUGUGGCGCGGUGUGCCAAGGAGCUGGGGAAGAAGCGAGGCGUCAAGAACUACGCCCUGAAGCGCCAGGCGAAGGAGGCCAAGACACCGAAAGCACGGAAGGCACUCGGCCUGCGACAUGAGCAGAAGCAGCAGGUGGCCCGCAGCGAGCUCACCCUGCGAGCCGGCGAGUGGCGUUUGCAGGGCGUGCGCGCCAAUGGGGAGCUGUGGCCGCUGAGUGCGGACGCUCUGGAGGCGCUGGGUUCAGAGGCGGCGGUGCUCGUCUUGGUCUACGUGGAUGAGGAAGUGCGAGACCGGAAGAGGAGGCGUAUCAUCGAAGACUGGGGCCUUGACGACACCUGGACCGUCACCGUGCGAUAUCGCCUCUCCGGGGACCAGGUCACCGCCAAGAGAGCAGAUGGCAACGUCUUCCUGAGCAAGCACGAGGUGGCCUGUGCCCACGACCGCGAGGCGAUCGAAAAGAUCCGACCGGCUGCAGCGCAGCGGGUGAAGGAGAUCGAGUCCUUUCUCGGCUGGUGCAAGCAGGGCCAGCUAUGGGAGCUCGAGGUCAAGGAUCAAGCGGUGGGCAUCUCGGGACUCUACCAGCAGCAAGGAGAGUCAUACCACAAGGUGCGGUGCCUGGCCGAAGCUGACGCGGUGCAGGUGAGGCGCGCAGGAGGCAUCUGGCAGUUUGUGGAUGGUGAGGGCCAGAUUCUGGCCGAGAGCGCUUCGAGUCCUUUCGCGAACCUGCACAUGG